CUUUUUUAAGGGAGCGGAGACAAGUCAAGCUUCAUCUUGAUGUUGCUGCGGGAGCGUCGGUAAAUGUCCAUCUGUCUGAUGAGCGUGAUGCAAAAGACAUUUUUGAAAAGGAGCCUUUUAACUCCGUAGACACGUAGGGACCCAUUCACGGGCAGGCACACACACGCGAGGAGGAGGAGGAAGAAGAAGAAGCAACUUCACGAUCGCUGCUUGUAAAAGGGAGAAGCUUUUUCCCUGGCUGGGACUUGCCUUCUACCUCCUCAACCGGCUGCUAAAAGUAUGUUUCCGAGGCGGACUGCACUUCAGGGAACUUCUAUUUUCUGCUCGGCAGCUGUAGAGGAGCAGCAGCGAAGUUUGGAGUAACACCAAGUGAUGCGGGAAAAACACCCCGAGAGCAGAACACCCUCCUGCAGACACAACCCCUGCCGCUGCACACAGGUUGAUCAUGGUUGCCGUGACCCGCUCGCUCCUGGCGCUGCUGCUCUGCCAGGCGCUGCUGGGCGGCGCGGCCGGGCUCAUGCCGGAGGUGGGUCGGCGGCGCUUCAGCGAGCCGGGCCGCGCCGCCUCGGCCGCGCAGCGCCCCGAGGACCUGCUCAGCGAGUUCGAGCUGCGCCUGCUCCACAUGUUCGGGCUGAAGCGUCGGCCCAGCCCCGGCAAGGACGUCGUCAUCCCGCCCUACAUGCUGGACCUCUACCGCCUGCACGCGGGGCAGCAGCUGGGGCAGCCGGCGGCGCUGGGCUUCCCGCUGGAGCGGGCGGCCAGCCGCGCCAACACCGUCCGCAGCUUCCACCACGAAGAAGUUUUGGAAGAACUGCCAGAAACAAGUGGGAAAACAGCACGGCGUUUCUUCUUUAAUUUAACUUCCAUCCCUCAUGAGGAGUCUAUCACCUCAGCUGAACUCCAGAUUUUUCGGAAACAGGUGCACGGAACCUUUGAGAACAACAGCAGCUACCAUCACCGUAUUAAUAUUUAUGAAAUUAUAAAGCCAGCCACAGCCACCUCUAAGGACCCUGUCACAAGACUUUUGGACACCAGGUUGGUGCAUCAUAAUGCAAGUAAAUGGGAAAGUUUUGAUGUAACGCCAGCUGUUUUGAGGUGGAUUGCACAUGGACAACCUAAUCAUGGGUUUGUGGUAGAGGUGGUUCACUUGGACAAAGAGAACAGUGCCUCCAAGAGGCACGUUAGGAUUAGCAGGUCUUUACAUCAGGAUGAAGAUAGCUGGUCUCAGCUCAGGCCAUUGUUAGUGACGUUUGGGCAUGAUGGCAAGGGACACCCGCUCCAUAAAAGAGAAAAGCGUCAAGCGAAACACAAACAGCGUAAACGCCACAAAUACAGUUGCAAAAGGCAUCCAUUAUAUGUGGACUUCAAUGAUGUGGGGUGGAAUGACUGGAUUGUUGCCCCGCCGGGGUAUAGUGCCUUUUACUGCCAUGGGGAAUGUCCUUUUCCACUGGCAGAUCAUCUAAACUCAACAAACCAUGCCAUUGUUCAGACUUUGGUCAAUUCAGUGAAUUCCAAAAUCCCUAAGGCUUGCUGUGUGCCGACAGAACUGAGUGCUAUUUCCAUGCUCUACCUUGAUGAAAAUGAAAAAGUUGUAUUAAAGAACUAUCAAGAUAUGGUUGUGGAGGGUUGUGGGUGCCGCUAACACAGCAAAUAUAUUAGACAAAUGCAAAAAAAAAAAAAAAGCUGACACUUUAAUAUUUCCCAAUGAAGACUUUAUUUAUGUAAUGAAAUGGAAAGAAAAAAAAACACAACUAUUUUGAAAAUAUAUUUAUGUCUACGAAAAAGUUGGGAAAACAAAUAUUUUAAUCAGAGAAAUAUUCCUUUAAAGAUUUUAAAUGUAUUUUAGUUGUACAUUUUAUAUGGGUUUAACCCCCAGCACAUGAAGUAUAAUGGUCAGAUUCUUAUUUUGUAUUUAUUUACUAUUAUAACCACUUUUUAGAAGAAUAGCUAAUUUGUAUUUAUAUGUAAUCAAAAAAGAAAAAAAUAUAGGGUUUGUACAUAAUUUUCCAAAUUUGUAGCUGUUUCAAUUGUGUGUAUUUAAAUUGAAAAGAAUACAUGGAAGGUUACUAUGGCAAAGUGCAUAGCACAUUUGCUUUCUGCUGUGCUACUGUUAAGGUCACAAGUUCAAGUCCAGAAAAAAGUGGAUAAUCCACUCUGCUGACUUUCAAGAUUAUAUUGUACAAUUCUCAGGAAUGCUGCAGGGUGGGCUGUCCAAUCCAUGAGAACUGGCAUCCUCUUUAGGUGGAACAUUUGGCUAAGAACCAGACGUUGCUGAUCUAGUAUAAAUACUGCUAUUCCCAACUAAUUUGCAAUGUGAAUAUAAGGGCCAAUAGAAAUCCUAUGGGAGUUGGGGGUGGGGGAAGACUGAAUCCUUUCUAGACCUACAGAAAAGUGAAUGUUUGAUGUUUCCUUUAAAAGUCCUUCCUUUAAAAGUCCUGGCCAAAUAUAAAAUAAUAAAAACUAAAAUGUCAUUUUUUUUUUUGUGAUUAUCUAUGCUAAAGAGGAAUACUUACCUAAUUUGUACUGGCCCUUGUCUUUAACAGUUGGAAAAGCCUUGCAUACUUCCUCACCUCAGAUGAGAGCUCACUUCUGUGGAGUGUUACAGUGAAAUUAAUCUGCAAUUUUUGCCCUACAUGCAGUAAGCUGUUGUCAUAUGCAGCCUCCUCACUAACCUCAGCUGAUGGUUUUGCUGUUUGGCAAAUUAGCCUCUCUUCCUUUCCAGGGUUUUGUGUUGAAAACUUUUUUCCCUUCCCAAAUGUUUAAAUCUAUUUCAGAUAAUAAACCAUAGAAUUCUGAUAUUUCUUUCUGAGGA